AUGACUAUUACAGCAAGCUCUUCCCGCAUGUCGUAUUCACCUUCAACGGAUGAUUCUCGGCACUCACCUUACGACGAAGUGGAUUGCAGAAAAACUAGUGCACCAGCUUCUAUCGCAACACCACUACCUAGCCUUUUUAUCAACACGUUUGGCGAUGAAGCUGCUGGAUCGGGAUACGGCUGGCUCACCGAUCCGGAUGCUCCUGAGCCUUACCACGGAGUCGAGUCUGUUAUUCGAGCUCAACAAGUUGGUCUCGACAUGAACCGUGAUGAAUCGAAAAUUCGCGAACUCGUAGAAGAUGUGGAACGACUUCAGAAGGAGGUGGAUGAACUUCGAAAACUGUCUCCGAGAUCUGUACCACCUCCAAGACCCGCUCCUCCACAUCAACAUCUUAUAUGGCAUUGUAUACGGUGCCUCGAGGGGAACAACAUGACAUCUUUUCGAUGUAAAUGUUCGUUUCCCCGUGUUGCGAUUGAUCCAAGAGAAGCCGCCAAAUGCAAAUGUGCACACUGUAGCCAAGCAACAGCUGGCCGUUCAUCUGCUCCUCCCGCUAUUGCCGAUGGCGAUUAG